AACUGUUUCUGAAUUAUUUUUUUAAUCUAUAAGUACCAUGCCUGCUACGUGCUGCGCAGUGCAAUGCUCGCACAAUGCCAAGAAUUGCAAAUUAAAAAGAUUUCCUGUAAAUGAGGUGAGAGCGAAAGUGUGGGAACAAAUGCUUCGGAGGAAAAAUUUCACGCGGAAAAGUUUCCAUCGCAUUUGUGCCUGCCACUUCCCUAAAAGCCAGUAUGAUGAUAUCAAUGAAAGUCGGUUGCGGCCAGAUGCUGUUCCUCUUGUGUUCCCCACUCACACGAUAAAUCAAUGUGAAUCUUUGGAUGAGCCAACCUUGGAUAAGUAUCUAGUCAAAGAGACAAGGGAAGUGCAGCAUGAGGAAAUCGGUGAAGCAGAGCUAUGUUCUAUAUUGACGGCAAUCAAUGAAGAAGUACAAGUGAGUGGUGGCGAACAACAAGCGCUAGUUCUUGAUAUUAAUUCCAUCGAAGAAUGUUUUGAAGCCGAAGCAGGUAUGGUUUUGGAUGAUGUAAAUGAAGAGGUGAUUUUUAAUUAUGGUACUGAAGAUACGAUUUUUGAUGAUGAAACUGAAGAGAUGAUUGUUGAUAAUGGUGCUGAAGAGAUAAUUGUUGAUGAUGGUGCUGAAGAGAUAAUUGUUGAUAAUGGAACUGAACAGAUAAUUGUUGAUAAUGCUACUGAAGAAACCUCCAGUCCUGACGGGGCAAUUCGUGUUUCUGUUGGUCCUGAACACAUGAAUGUCUGUGCAUCGGCGGAUCAUUUAAAUGGGCUUACCGUAGACCAACUGAGUGAAAGAAUUGAGCAACUUGAGAGGGAAAAAAGUACGGUCACCAGAGAAAAUUACCGGCUGAAGACAGAAAUAACUAGAUUAAAGGCGACAACCAGCAACUUUAAUCAGGAUGAAAUUCAACGGUUAGCAGGGAAAAAGGUCUCAAAGUGGUCAAAGGAGACGGUGAAAAAAUGCUUGCAGGUCCGUUUUGCAUGUGGUAAGACUGGCUACGAAUUUUUAAGGAGCCAAGGUUAUCCAUUAAUGGCCUACUCAACUCUGUGUGAGCGGGUUCAAAAGCUCCCUUUAAAAUGUGGAAUCUCAAGCAAAAUAAUUUUUUUGCUAAAGCAAAAAGCAGCUACAAUGAAGAAAUCUGAAAGGCAAUGCUUUCUUUCCAUAGAUGAAAUGGAAAUAACAGAGAGGAUAGAUUACGACCAAGGGCAGAAGGAAAAUAUAGGCUACGCAACCCUUGGAGACAAAAGUAAAGUUGCCUGCAAAUUGUUGCUUCUUGUAGCGCGUGGGAUCACAACGAAGUGGAAGCAAGUUAUUGGCUGGCAUCUUACAACUGCAGCUGCUCCGCCCCCCUCUGAGGUUUGGAAUUUUGUCUUGGAAGGAAUUAAAUCCAUCGAGGGAGCAGACUACUAUGCGCAUGGUCAAGUUAAUGAUAUGGGCUCUUCAAAUCGUGCUGUUUGGAAAGAGGCGGGAAUAAUAACUGCAGGCAGGAGGAAGGAGAAGAAAAUCGGGAAAAAAAAGAAAAGAGACAAAGCUAACCAGGAGACAAGCAGCAAAGGAUCUGAACAACAACAGCAGUCAAAUAACCAAGAAAACCAAACCAGAAAACCGGAAAACCAAAAAAAUGGAAAGUAUGUCUCAGAGAAAUUUUCUAUCCCGCACCCAACAAGGCCUAAUGAUGAGUUCUAUUUUUUUGCGGAUGCUGCACACUUGUUGAAGAAUUUAAAAACAGGCUUCUUGAAACAUGAUUUUAACCUACCUCCUGAGUUACUGAGGAAAUUCAAUUUACCAAAUGCCCCUGUCUCCCACAAGUGGCUUUAUGAAUUUAUUGAUGUCCGGAGUGAGGAAGAGUCAGUGUUUCAAUUAGCCCCUUACCUGACAACCGACUUAUUAUCGCCUUCACAUUAUGAAAAAAUGAGGGUAGGCUUAGCCACCUCAAUUUUCUCGCUUGAAGUAGCUGCUGCCCUAGAAACCGCUGUCAUCCGCAACCUCAUCUCUGAAGAGGCAAGGACAACCAUCUGGUUCAUUAAAAAAAUCAGUGAAUGGUAUGGCAUCAUGUCAUCAAGGAGGUUCCAAGAUUCCAUCAACAGGAAGAACUUUCCCCAUAAGAAGCGAAUAAUCAGCCAUGUCAGUGACAUUUUUCGAGGCCUGAGAACUUCCGAUAAUAAAUGGAAACCGUUUCAAGCUGGCAUAAUUUUAACCAACUUCAGUUUCCUCUCUUUAAGCGAGAAAUUACUCUUUACAAGACAAAUAGAUUGCUUCUUAGGCUCAAGGACCUUGCAAGAUGGAGUUGAGAAUAUUUUCUCUGUUAUUCGGUGUAAAGGUUCUAUAUGUCCAUCUGCCUUACAAGCUCUCAGGGCAGUUAGACUUUUGUGCUUUUCGCAAUUCACAAAAGAUGUUAAAAAGUCAAAUUAUGCAAAUGAUGGAGACAAACACCAUCUGGACAUUUUAAAGUCACCUAUUAAACGAAAUAAACAGGCCCUGAAGAGACGAUCAUUAUUAGAUGAUGAUUUGAAAGCUAAGCGAGCUAAAGUUCCGGGAGAAGUAAAAUCUGGAGAUGAAGAAAAGAAGAGCAAGAAACAACUGCAGUUUCAAGGAACAGUGAAUAUUGCCAGUGACAGUAACAAGGAAACCACAAAUGAAGAAGAAGUAAUUUACAAGGAGCUGUCAAAAGAGUUGAAUUUUCCUGUUCACCCACCAUCAGAAACUUUGGAGCCCUUGGAGGAACAGGCUCUAUCUGAUGCUGUUGGACA